AUGGUCAAAUCUCACGCUUCUAGGGGUAAAUUGCUCACUGCAAACUUACCACAACUACAGAAUCUGAUCAAGCGGGACCCAAAAGGAUAUCAUGAAGAAUUUCUCACUCAAUACAAUCACUACACUUCUCUCCUCCGUCUUCAUACUCUUGCCCCCUCUACAUCAACCCCAAAUGGGUCAGACAAGUCGGCCGAAAAAUUUGCAGAACUCGUCACUUUCAUAUCCCAAGUGGCACAAUGUUAUCCGGAAGAAACCAAAGAGUUACCGUCACAGCUGAAAGGGCUGUUGUUGGGUACGAAUGGGCCUUCUGUCAAAGGUGAUAUGCGUCGGACCGUUUUGAAAAACUUGGUCAUGUUGCGGAACAAAGAUGUGAUUGAUUCCAUCGAACUCCUGCAGACCUUACUCCCAUUAUUGCCUCACGUGCCAUCGAGUCUGCGAUCUUUCAUCCGGCAUACUAUCCUCACCGACCUCAAAACCUCCAACGUCAAGACCAAGAAUCAUCGCCUCAAUAGGGUGGUUCAAGGUUUGCUGUUCGGGAUGGUGGAGAGCGGUAUGCAAGCGGAGGUGGUAGGUGAUAAAGGUAAGGGGAAGGGGAAAGAGAAAGGUGGAGAGGCUAUGUGGGCCGUUAUGAUGGUUAGCGAAUUGUGGAAGAAAGGUGUUUGGACCGACGCAAAGACAGUCUCUAUCGUCGCUCUCGCCGUAUUUCAUCCAAAUACCAAAGUCCAAUCUGCGGCCCUGCACUUCUUCCUCGGAAGCGACAACGACACCGGGGCCGAAUCGUCAGAUGAAGAGGACGAAGUUCGAGAGGCUAGAAAGGAUGUAAAGAAGAUGCAGCACAGCUUGGAGGUGGGUAAGACGAGGAAGAAGAAAGAGAAGCUACUUAAGAAAGUGCAAAAAGAGGCGACGAAGAAACGAAAACACAGAGACGCCGGUUUGGGAGCUAAAGCGAAUUUCCCCGCUCUUGAACUGUUGCAUGAUCCCCAAACGUUUGGCGAGAAACUGUAUGACAACUUGCACAAGCAUGACAAGCAAUAUUCCUUGGAUCAUAAGCUUCUCAUCAUACAGCUUUUGUCAAGGGUCAUGGGCACACACAAAUUGUGUAUCCUCGGGUUUUACAGUUUCAUUGUCAAAUACUUGACGUAUCACCAACUCUCCGUCACCCUCAUCCUCGUCGCCCUCGCACAAUCAGUCCACGAUCUUACUCCUCCUGAUGUCUUGACCCCUGUCAUCCGUAAACUAGCCCAAGAGUUUGUCCAUCCGGGUGUUGGCUCGGAAGUGGUAGCAGCCGGUAUCAACGCAAUCCGGGAGGUGUGUAGGAGACAACCUUGGUGUAUGGAAGAAGACCUCUUGAGUGAUUUGAUAGAAUAUAGGAAGAGUAAGGAUAAAGGUGUGAUCACUGCAAGUAGGGGAUUGUUGCAGUUGUAUCGGGAGGUGAACCCUAGUAUGUUGAAACGACGUGAAAGGGGUAAAGCAGCAGCUAUGGGAGAAGUCAAUCAAGCUCCAGCUUACGGUCACACGGAUGUUCCUCAGGGUAUUGAAGGGAUCGAGCUGCUGGAAGAACAUCUUGCCGCCAAGCAGAAAGAAGUCAACCCUGAUCAAUCUGCUUCCGAUGUUGAGCUGGACCUGGACAAAGAAGACGAAACUGGAUGGGAGAAUUGGGACGUGGAAUCUGAUUCCGGAUCAGAGUCAAGCGGAUGGCAAGAUGUGGCCUCGGAUGAGGAUGAUUUGGAAAUUUCAGACAGUGAUGACGAAGGUCCGAAAGUGAAGCGGGCGAAACUUGCUUUGGUCGAGGAAGAGAAGGGAGAGGAAGGUGGAGAGGAGGAAGAAGAAGAUGGGAAAUCUGUGGUCUCUGUCGCUCCUUCAAGUAUGACGGUUGCCUCGGAGAACACUAAGAAAUUGUCUUUGUUGGCUCAACAAAAGAUCCUCACACCUGCCGAUUUCACACUCCUCAACGAGCUCCGUCUCAAGGCUGCCCAAUCUUUGGUCAACACCACUUCUUCCACCGGAGCUAAACGCAAACUUGCCGCCUUGGAAGCUUCCAAGAGACAUGUCGGAGAAGACGAAGCUUCUAGGUUUUUGACUGAGAAUGAGAUUCUCGGUCCGAGGAAGAGAGCCAAGGAUGAUUACGAGGCGAGGAUUGAAAGUAUCAAGAAAGGUCGAGAAGGUCGUGAGAAGUUUGGGAGUAAGAAAGGUAAAAAGGAUAAGGAAAGUAGUAGUACGAAUAGAGAGAAGACUAGGAAUAAACCUAUCAUGAUGGCUGUUCACUCGAACAAGGUGGUGCAGAAGAAGAAAGCGUCAUUGCGAGAUAAACAAAUCAAAUUGCGUGCAUCUAUCGUGAAACGAAAGAAACAGAAGCGUUGA